GCUCUUCCCUGGGCUUGUUAUGGCCUAGAAACCAGCAGAUGACACAGUCUCUGGAGAUUGUGAGAGCGAGUCGAUGGCAGGGUGUGAGUGUGACCUCCAUGCAGUGAGGGAGCUCAGAAGAGGCUGGUGUCUUACGGGGGGGUAGCUGGGAGGCAGCACACUGCUUGCCUCCUAGAGCUGUGCUGGACUGGCCAGGCCUCUGCAGUGGGAGAGGGAGGUUGAUCAGAACUCUGGGAGCUGCUGGCCAGGGAAGCAGGAGGAAGAUGAAGGCUCGUGCCCCCCCUCCUCCUGGAAAGCCUGCCACCCCAGAUGUGCAAAGCAGGCAGAAACCUCGUCGAGAUGUGUCUCCAGGCCCUCCGCAGAAUCUGCUCACCAUGAAGGAGAACCUGCGGAACAGUGUGGUGGACGUGACCGUGGUUCUGCCUAGUGGACUGGAGAAGAAGAGUGUGGUCAAUGGGAGCCACGCAAUGAUGGACCUGCUGGUUGAACUUUGCCUUCAGAACCACCUGAAUCCAUCCCACCAUGCCCUUGAGAUCCGGUCUUCAGAAACCCAACAGCCUUUGAGUUUUAAGCCAAAUACUUUAGUUGGGACCCUGAAUGUGCAUACCGUUUUUCUGAAAGAAAAAGUGCCUGAAGAGAAGGUUAAGCCUGGCCCACCUAAGGUGCCUGAGAAGUCCGUGCGUUUGGUAGUGAACUACCUUCGAACACAAAAGGCUAUUGUGCGUGUGAGCCCCGAGGUCCCUCUCCAGAACAUUCUCCCUGUCAUCUGUGCGAAGUGUGAGGUCAGUCCAGAGCAUGUGGUGCUCCUCAGGGACAACAUUGCUGGGGAGGAGCUGGAGCUGUCCAAGUCCCUGAACGAGCUGGGGAUAAAGGAGCUCUACGCGUGGGACAAUAAGAGAGUUCUUCUGACCAAAACUCAGUCGGAGCCUUCCCUGAGCUGUCGAGAAACCUUUAGAAAAUCAUCACUCGGCAAUGAUGAGACAGAUAAAGAGAAGAAAAAAAUUCUGGGGUUUUUCAAAGUUAAUAAAAGAAGCAAUAGUAAGGCUGAGCAGAUCGGGCUGUCCGGGGUGGACAGUGAUGAGGACGCCUCAAAGUCGGCAUUAGGAAGGGGCUCAAACGGCUGUCUAACUACCCCCAACUCCCCAUCCGUGAAUUCCCGUUCCAUGACGUUGGGUCCAUCCUUCUCACUCAGCAACAUCUCAGGAGUGUCUGUGAAGUCAGACAUGAAGAAGCGCCGGGCCCCUCCACCUCCUUCCCUGCCUGGUGCGGGGCCACCUGCUCGAGACAAGGCAUCAGAGAAGGUAUCUCUGGGGUCACAGAUUGACUUACAGAAAAAGAAGAGGCGGGCGCCAGCUCCCCCUCCACCCCAGCCCCCGCCGCCAAGCCCCCUGGUUCCCACUCGCACUGAGGACAAGGAGGAGAACAGGAAGAGCACGACUGGUGUUGGACGGCAGGUGCCACAAAAGCCUCCCAGAGGCAGUGCUCGGGGGCCCCCCCAGUUAGUGCUGCCCCCGCCCCCGCCCUACCCUCCUCCUGACACAGACGUGGCAGAGCCUCUCAGCUUUCCUGAGGAAGGCGCUGUUUCCGAGGCCUCCGACCUGAGACCCACACUGAGCCUGCCCCUGGGGCCUGACAGCCCCUGUGACACAGACGGGGUCCCGCCGGUGCUGUCAGAGGCCGAGGAGACGGUUUCUGUCAGCAGCUGUUUUGCGUCAGAGGACACAACUGAGGACUCAGGAGUGAUGAGCUCCCCUUCAGACAUCAUCUCUCUGGAUUCCCAACAUGACAGCACAAAGUUCAAAGAUAAGUGGACCAUAGACCAGGAAGACUGCAGUGACCAGGACCUAGCUGGAACCCCAGAACUGGGUCCCCAAAAGAACCCCUCGUGGGAGAGGAACGUCUCUGGGAACUGGCAGCCAAGAACUGAAAAGGCUGCUACCACCUCAAAUGAUGAUGAAGACCAAUUUAUUGCUAGACAAUUCCAGCAAACGCUUACAGAACUUGAUGACGAUCUGGAAGAAAUGGAAGAGAGUUAUGAAACCGACACCAGCUCUCUAACCAGCUCCAUAAAUGGUGUGUCUAGUGGCUGCAUGCAAGAUGCCAUAAUCCCCGACAGUGAUGAAAAUGCAAUCCCAGUAACGUUCAUAGGGGAAGUUUUAGAUGAUCCUGUGGAUUCAGGGUUAUUUUCCAAUAGAAACAACAAUGCUGGUUCUUUUGACAAGGGGAGUAUAAACAACGGGAGAGCCCACCUGAUGCCGUAUCAGGCUGAGCACAGCCAGCAACAUGGAAAGAAGAACGCAGAAGUGCCUGAGUCAUCUACUCCUUCCCAGGACAUUGGAAAAGAAAUCAAGUCAGCCUGGCCCAACACCUGUAAAGAUGUGAAUCCAAAUAACGUGGAGCCCAAGGCAACAUCUGCUUCAAGGCUUCCCACACAUGACCUACAUACAAAGGAGAGAGGCGAGGCACAUGGCUCUGCUCACAGUGAGGAGACACAGGCCAUCAAGAGAGUGAAUUCGCAGCCAAUGAAGGAAAAGAAGGGCAAUGAUAAAAACGAUGUCUCAGCACCACCGUUCUGGUAUCAACGAGGCCAAAAUGCACGGGGAAGUUAUGGGCCUAAAUAUGGCCUCACAACAUAUAAAAUUGUCCCUCCAAAAUCAGAGAUGAGGUGUUACGACAGAGGAGUAUCGCUCUCAACAGGCGCCAUUAAGAUUGAUGAGCUAGGGAAUCUGGUGAAUCCCCAUGCCAAUGGGGGCAGGAUCAUACUCCUGUCACCCACCCUUGAAACAGAAGGUGAACCCAUUGGAAAAGUCAAAGAAUUCUGGAGGGCCAACUCUAUGGGAAAACACUCUGGCCGGCCCACAGAAUGCUCAGCCAAGAGGACCCCGACCGUGCCAGCAAAACCACAACAUCAGGAAAGCAAACUCAGAGCAGAGCCCACCUUCCCAGACCCCAAAGUGACAUUGCCCCAGCAACAGUCUGCCCACCAAGAAGGUGGGAGACAUCUGGAGGAGGGGAAGAGCCAACCACCCUCUGCAGUCGCUUGUCACAUGAAAGUGCCAGUAGCUAAUACCACAGAAGUCCCAUUUCUCAAGCCUCAGAGAAGAACAUCCAGUCAGUACGUGGCCUCUGCCAUUGCCAAGCAGAUAGGGACCCCAAAGACCCACACCAAUAUAGUGAGAAAGCAUGCUGAUGCCGAGAAGACUCAUGAAGGCAGAGCACAAGAGCUAACUGGACAAUCAUCUGCUGUGAAAGGUGGUACCACCCCCAGCCCAUGCUCAGAGAAACAGAUUUGUAAUGAUGGGGCAGAAUCAGCAGAAGGAGCCCAUCCCAGAGGGCAAGUCAGCAGCCCUUAUGGAAAGGUUUCCAAUCAAGACUGUCCUGCUGACAUCCACAGACGUUCCUAUGUCCCUCUGGUCACAACUUCCCAGAGGGAUCAUGUUUCUGUGGGACAGAACUGUGGUUCCAGUGGAAAACAGAGCACAAGUAAUCACAGGACCGGCUCAGCAUCUGACCUCAAAUUCCCUCCGGACAGUACAAAUCCUCUGCCUCCUGGCUCAGGAGAUGAUGAGACUCCUGGCAGGGCCCUGGUGAAUGGCUCCAGGAGGGUCCCCGUCCACAGUGAGCCUCACUCUCCGAGAAUGCCCGGCACAAAUAGCCACACUGGCCGGGAGCCCCUAGAACAGAAGGAGAAGCCCAAUUUGUUAUGCACAGAUGUACAUGAAACCGAUGGUACACUGCCACCCAGCAUCUUUGGCCCGAAGAAGAAGUUCAGACCUGUUGUCCAGAGGCCAGCACCAAAAGACACGUCCCUACACAGCGCCCUGAUGGAAGCCAUCCACUCGGCAGGAGGGAAGGACGGGCUUCGCAAGACUGCAGAACACAGCUCAGAGGGAGGGCCAAAGAAACCGUCCUACACAGAGGCAGAGAGUGAGCGCUCAGCUCUGCUGGCAGCUAUCCGAGGUCACAGUGGUGCCUGCAGCCUGCGGAAGGUGACAUCCCUCGCCUCUGAGGAGCUCCAGAGUUUCCGCCAUGCUGCACUGUCUGCACAGAUGUCCGAACCCCCAGGGCUAGAAGACCUUCGUGUUCAGCCCCCGCCAGCUCUGCCACCCCCGCCCCCUCUGGCUGCUUCCUCCACGUCCAGGAUGGCGUCCAGGUCCAGCUCAGGCCCCCUCAACAACCCGGUAGAUGCCAGGCAGGCCUUGAUGGAUGCCAUCCGCUCCGGCACAGGGGCUGCAAGAUUGAGAAAGGUGCCGUUGCUUGUGUGAAUCAUCCAUGAGAUCAGAUCGUGGCAGAAACCCACCAGUGACACAUCCAUACAUCACCACUCAAGGACACCAUGUGGCAGGGGGCAUCAGAAUUUGGUGUACUUUCUCGUCUACAGGCCAAAACUUUGCACAGUUGGUUUUCAGCCCUGUAUAAUGGUGCAAAGGGAGGGGGAAAUGCUGCUUUGCUGCAUGGCUUGUGUGCCAAGGAAUUGUAUUUGCCUCUGAAUAUUUAAAGUUGCCAAUAAACUAUUCUUGUUGGCAGGUUAAUGGGAAUGUAAGCACUGGAGCCCAACGCUAUGCUUAAUUAUUCUGACGGGCAAAGUGGAAAGAAUCACGCCUUCGACAAAUUUUGGGCUUCUGAGAUUUUUACCACAUAUAGAUGGUUAAAACCAUUUGGUUUUUAAAAUUUUUUGAAUUGCAGGAAAAAUAUAUAAAUCAAUGGAAACAAUCUGAAUGUAGUAGUCUACAUGAUGCUCUGUGUUUUAAUAGUAAGAAAAAAGAUGCAGGAGGCUUUUUCAAAUGUGACUUUGUUGAGUAAUGAAACCAUUGGAGUUUUAUGCCUCACAAAUUUGGGGUUAAAACCUCCUGGAGGGUAGCAGACCAUGAUCUGACCAAGUAAGCUUUUAAAAAUCAACUAUUAUCACGCAGAAUAACAAUCAUACAUGAUGUGUGAACAGGGCAUUUCUGAGUUGUCCGAAAGGUGGCGGUGGCUGAGAUCAGAAUGACAUGGGAGUAGGCAAUCAGUGCCCCACUUGGACAGCUGUCCCCAGUGGGCUGUGAAGUAGAAUGGGCCUCCCCCAGGAGGGCUGUGUAAGGAGCCCAGUGACUUUUUUGGAGCUCCUGCAUGGGGCCAGGAGUGGGGAUGUUCAGAGUCUGCAUGUGGCCAAGAUCAGAUCAAAAUUGUGUGAACAUUUCACGAUUUGGGUUCAGUCUUGUUGUUUUUGCCCAACAGAUCAUGGCUCCCCUUGUAACAGGUUGCAGUCUCUCACAGCACACAGUUUUCAGCCACAAAUAUUGAUAGUGAAGUUUAACUACGGCAUUAAUUUUUCACAUCCAUCUCUAAAAUGUUCUGUUAUAUUGAAAAAAGCUCUCUAAGAGAUUAGUAGAAAUUAAGAGGACUUCAUGAAAUAAAAUCUCUAUCUUAAUGACACAACAGAUAUGAUGAGAUCGUUUUAAUGUCUCACAGCUCUUUCAGACCCAGGUGUCAGGUGGAAUUGAACCUUAGCUCCAUGUUUUCUGGUGAAGGUCACUCCCCUUCCUGGUGCGACAAGAGCAUCCAGCCAAUUGCUUUUAAACCACAUUAUCUCUACGAUUUGUCUUUGAGUGCCACAAAUAAAAGAAAAUGAAACUGUA